ACUGCACUCCAGCCUAGGCAACAGAGCAAGACCCCAUCUAAAAAACAAACAAACAAACAAACAAAACCAAGUGCCUAUCUAACAUUCUAGAGUGGGAGGACUUUGAGGCAGUCUGCCAGAAGCCCCAGCAUAGGUGGGCAAUAAGACCAGCAUUGUGAGCAUGAGUCUUGAGACUCGGGGUUGAAUUUUGGCCUUACUAUAGCCAGCUGUGUGAGUUGGGAUGAGUUAUUUAACCUACAUAAGCUCCACUCACUGAAUACACUGGACACCAACUCUGAGGCAAGCAGCUUUUUUGCUAUGGAAAGCAGAGAUAAUAUCAGCACCCCCUUCCCCGAGUUGACAUAACUUGCAGUUAGAUGCUCCCAGACAACUUGAUUCAGUGUCUGGUGUGCAGGAGUUUCACUCAAACGUGAGGGUAACCCAAUCCACCUGCAGGUGCUAGGAGGUUGUAGAAAGCCAUCAGUGAUACUGUAGGGAGGGCAUCCUUGACCUCAGGCCUCUGCCUCUAGGUUGGGGCCACUACGACCAGUACCAGUAAGGUUCACCCAGGUGUAGACAGACGCUGGUGGCUCCUGGCCAGCUCAAGGUGUUUGCUUUCGCCUGGUAACCAGGAGGAGUGGCUGAGGCAGGGCAUGGAGCGGAGCAACUCAGCUACAAAGUGCGGAGAGGAGCCCCGCUCUGGAUCCCGCUGGCUCCCCAAGGCUGAAGGAGACAAGUCUGGAUCCGGAGGAGCCCCCAGUAAGAACAGCAGCCGCCUGGGGGGCCGACUAUGUACGCGUACAGCUGGCUGCCGCCCAGGCAGGGCGUCUGGCCGCCGCCGCGGCCGCUCACCUGCACCUACCUGGCCGCCCCUCUGCUACUGCCCCCAAUCCAGGCCCACAGCUUCCGCAGCCGGCCAAGGAGCCUGCACGCGGGCGAGUGGGCGGCCCCUCGGGAAUACCACCGUUUCUACUGCCCCGCCGCGCCACCCGAGGCCGCGCCGCCCUGGUGGGCCUGCCCUCCGGCCUACCCCGCGGCCCCGCGCCGGCCCUGCCCCGCCACCGGCAUCUCAGGACUGUCGCUGCAGGCGCCCGCGCCAGCGGCCGAGAGCUGGGAACCGUGGCCUGAGAGCGGGAGCCUGCAAGCCGAGCUACGCUGGGGACGCGUGGAACGCGCGCAGGGUCAGCCCCUACAGCUUCCGGACUUCGUGCGCCGGGAGCUGCGGCGCGCCUACGGCACCUACCCCCGCGCCGACGUGCGCGUCACCCAGCGCCGCGGCCAGUUCCUGUUGCGGGCGACGCCGCGCGUGAGCGAGCGCGACCGCCGCGUGGAGUGGCGUGUGCGGCGCCGGCCCAACAGCGGCGACAGCGGCAACAGAGGCCCAGCCCAGGAAGCCGCGGAGCGCGGCCGCCCCAGGAAGAGCAAGGGCCUGAGCUGAAGGCGCUGCAAGGCCUUGCAACCGGCCCGCGUGCACGCGCGCGCGGCUCUUCCCUGUGUCUGCCUCCCCGGCCAGGCAGAAAGGAGCCCUCACCUGCGCGCGGGAGGCUGGCGCGCCGCUCACCUGUCUUUUUGGCCUUUCCCAUGAUUGCCUGCCCGCUUCCUGCACUUGUUUCUCUCGGCUUAUUGCUGGACCGUGGGGGAAGGGCAAAGGCAGGACGGAAUCAAGGACACCUCUGGGUGUUCUGUACCUCUUUCCCUCUUGCACCUUGGGAAGUGGAGGACGUGCGAUGGAAGAAGGGCCUGGACCUCUCUUCUUCCUCCUCCCCACCUUCUCCUAAGGAGCCUGCGCUGCAGUAAGCCCCAACUUUCCCUUCCUCUUUUCCCUCUUAUCAGAGUCAAAGCCCACCCUCCUUUCCUACCGCUCCCCUACCCCCGCCCUUCUUGCCAAGCCGAGGGCCGACGGUGAUCCCCAGCUUAGUAGAAAAGUAAAUAGGCCGGCUGCGGUGGCUCACGCCUGGAAUCCCAGCACUGUGGAAGGCCGAGGUGGGCGGAUCGCUUGAGCCCAGGAGUUGGAGACCAGCCUGGGCAUUAUGGCGAAACCCU